CUCGCAUACCCCCGGCUGGGAGGGGAGGAGGGGUGGCCGGGCUGUCGCCAGCUCUGUGGCGAAACUUUGACGCCUCCUAUUUCGAGUACCCUGGCCGCCCGCCCCCGGCGGGAACUCGAGCCGCCGCCGGGGCCACGCAGUCGAGGGAGAACACCCGGCAGGCGCAGGCCGCCUCCACAGACGGCGAUGGCAACCUGGUACGGCCACGCGGACGGCGACCCGACGGCGGUUUGGGAAGUGGAAGAUGCCAUGGAGGAGGCUGCGGAGGAGUCGGAGGCCGAGGGGGAGGAGACGGCGGCUGAGUCAGGGUCGGAGUCAGAGCCCGAACCUGACACCAGGUUAUCAGACCAGGAUGAAGAGGACAAGACCAGGCAGGAGUGCAUCAUGUCCGACCCUGCCUUUUCCAUGGUGACAGUCCAACGGGAAGACAGUGGGAUAACGUGGGAGACCAAUUCAAGCAGAUCUUCUACUCCAUGGACCUCGGAAGGGAGCCAGACUUCUGGUGUGUGUAGUCUGGAAGGGUCAAGUGUGAAUUCUCCUCCAGGAAGUGUUUCCUUUAUUGUGGAUGAAGUUAAAAAGGUUCGGAAAAGAACUCAUAAGUCAAAGCAUGGCUCACCAUCAUUGCGUCGGAAAGGCAGCAGAAAAAGAAAUUCUUUUGAAUCUCAAGAUGUUCCAGCAAAUAAAAAGGACAAGUCUUUCAUUUCAGAAAGCCAGGCACUAAACAUCGAGAAAGAGAAUUCAUCUCCUGGCAUCUAUGAUAAAACAAGAAAAAAGAAGACCGCCUCAAAUACACCUCUUAUUACCGGGGCAAUAUACAAAGAACACAAACCAUUAGUGUUAAGGCCAGUCUACAUAGGAACCGUACAAUAUAAGAUUAAGAUGUUUAAUUCAGUUAAAGAAGAAUUAAUCCCUCUGCAAUUUUAUGGAACAUUGCCAAAGGGUUAUGUCAUUAAAGAAAUACAUUACAGAAAAGGGAAAGAUGCAUCCAUUAGUCUAGAACCAGAUUUGGAAAAUCAUGAUUCUAACAUAGUUUCCAAAACAAGUAAAUUAGUCACCCAAAGCACAGAAGAUGAUAAAUUAAGAGAGCUUGGUCCCCCUUGGAGAGGUGUGCUCUCCAAAGGGUCAAAGUCCCUGUCCUCAUUAUUUGGCCAUGAAAAUCAAAAGAAAAUUGAUGUUGAAUCCUCCCUAAAAGCCACAUCUGCAGCUGAGUCCAUAGCCUCCCAUUAUUUGAGUAACAACGCAGCAGAACAAGAGGUGCUGCUCAGACCCCCACAGUCAGUGCAGCCAGGUGAUGAGGCAAAAGCCCAUGAAAUCAAGGCUUCCUCUCUUUUACUGAAGGCAUCACAAACUGUGUUCCAGGAGACAGCAAAGGAAGAAUCUGAGGCUGAGGUAGAGAGAGCCAUCACUUUAGAGAUGGACUCUUCAGUCUCCUCAGCCUUGCUUGAUGAGGCUAUGAAGGAAGUCAUGGAUUUUACUGACUGUACCAUGUCACUGGAGGCAGAGAAGGAUUUGUCAGAGACAGUCUCACCUGGUCUGUCACCAUCUACUGAGGAAGGCCUUGAGCCAGGCAAGGAAGAACUAGAGCUGACUUCAUUAGAAAGGAUGGAGCCAGCCUCUGAAUGCAUGGCACCCACUCAUUCUAGUGUCAAAGGAGAGAAAGAGGAACCCAGGCCUGAGCCACCCAUUUCUCUUCCUGAGCCUCUCAUGUUCCAAGAGCCAGAAAAAGAAGAACUGGAAGCUUCCCCACCAAUAGCUGCUAUACCUGAACCUGAAGGUUCUAAUUUGGAAGAAGAGAUCAUAAAACUCGAUUACCCAGAAAGCCCAUUAGUUUCUAAGCAGCCCUUCCCACCACAGUUGUCCCCUGAGAUGUGGGAAAAAGAGGAGCCCAGCCCUCCAUUACUGACAACAGUAGCAUCUGACCAUGUCACUUUGUCUGAAGAGAGAGAGGAAAUCGAGUCUGUUUCUACCGACUCUGCUUUUCUGUCAGAGCACUCAGUCCCUCAGGAUUUGAACCAUGAACGAGAGAAGCAAGAAGUUGAUCCAGUUUCUCCAUCCAGUGCAAAAGCCAUAUCUGAAUGUGCAGUUUUCUCAGAGGAAGAGAAUGAAGAGUUUGAACCUUGUUCUCCAGCUGUGGCCUCAGUGUCCAAGUGCUCUCUCUGGCCACCCACUCCUGAGAAGCCUUCUGAAGGCCUGUCACAGCUAUUUUCUGCAUUCCCUUCAGAGAACAUGGUCCUUUCAGGAGAUGAGGCCUCAGAAAGUGGACAUUACAUACCAGAUUCCACAUCUUCAGAAUAUUCAGUUCCCUCGCAUGAAGCACAAGAGUCACUGAAGAAAACAAUUGACCACAAGUCCCCAUUAAAAUCAAAAGAUGUUUCUGAGCCCGUGAUUCUGUCAGAAGAAAAAGACCCUGAGUCACAGGAUCCAGCUGUGGCCUCUGUGUCUGAGCGCUCUCUCUCACCACCCCUGAUAGGGAAGACUCCUGAGUCCCAGAGACCCCUGCCUUCUGCUGCUAUCCUGCAACACAUGGUCCUGUCAGAAAAAGAGGACCUAGAGGGUGAGCAUUUCACACUAAAUUCAAAAUUGACUUCCAAAUCUGAAGUCCCCCUAAAUGCAACACAAGAAUCCCAGAAGAUCAUUGAUGAGGUGCCCCAAUUCAAAUUAAAAGACAUUUUUCAGCACACGAUUCUGUCAGAAACAGAGACGGAAGAUGUUGGCUCAUGUUCUCCAGAUGUGGUCCCUGCACCUGAAUGCUCUCUCCCACCCCACACAACUGAGAUGAUUUCUGAAUACCAGGCCCCACCACAUGCAGGGACCCUAUCUGAACACGUAGUCCUAUCAGAAGAAGAGACAAUAGAAACAGAGCGGUACUCACCCUCUUCCACAUCCACUUCUGAGUUUUCAGUACCGCCAUAUGCAAUGCCAGAGUCCCAGGAAGAAGAAAUUGUCCAAAGAUCCCCUCUGCAUCUUAAAGGUGCCUCAUCACCCAUGAAUUUAUCAGAACAAGAAGACAUUGGACCCUUUUCUCCAGAUUCUGCAUUUGUGUCAGAAUUCUCAUUUUCUCCCUAUUCAACUCAAGAAACAGAAAAAAGAGAAUUUGAGUGUGGUUCCCCAGUGUGUUUAACAUCUCCAUCUGAACACCCUGUUUUGUCAGAUGAAGACACUGAAGAUGGUGGACUUUUUUCCCCAGACUCAGCAUCACAAGUUUCAGUCCCACCAUACAGAAUCCCAGAAACAGAAAUAAAUGAAAGUGAGCCAGACUCCCUCUUACCUGCAAGGUCUGUUUCAGGAUUUUCCUACUUUUCAGAAGCAGAUGAGGAAGAGACUGGAUCAACAGCUGCUACACCCAUCCCUGAGUAUUUUGAUUCAUCAGAGAAGCAAAAAGCUGAGCCUUUCCCUAUCAUGUCUACACCUGAAGCCUCAAGCCUUCCAUCUUCAGUGGAUGAAGCAGACAAUGCAGAAACUAGGUUGGAUGUUCAAACAUUCUCAACAUCUGUAUCUGAAUAUCUCAUUUUGGCACAACAGCAGAAAACUGAAGCAUCUCUGGAGCCUGAGCCUGAAGAUUUGAUUCCACCAUAUUUAACCAAUAGAACAGAGCAGGAAGAAAUUAAGGCUAAGUCAUCAGCAGCUACAACCCAUGCUGCUUCAAAUGUACAAUCAUCCUUGGCAAAGGAAGAAACCAAACCUAUUUCACCUGCAUCUCAGUAUUCAGUUUUACUUGAUUCAGUCUAUGCAACUAAGAAAGAACAAGAGCCCAAAGCAUCACUUAUUCUGAAAGCUGCAGAUGAACAGAUGGCUUUGUCAGAAGUCAGAAAGGAAGAAACUGUGCCUGAUUCUCAAGAAGCUACAGCACAUGUGUCACAGGAUCAAAAACUGGAGCCUCAGACUCCAAAUGUUCCAGGGUCUGGGAUAAAAAAUUCAGUUUUGCCUGAGCUGGUAAGUGAGCCAAAGAAGGAUGUCAAUCUCAAUUUAGCUCCAACUGUGCCUUCUGAGCUAGAACAGAGCACACUGUCAAAGAAUGAGCCUAAAGUAGUUAAAGCAUAUUCACCUCCAAAGGAAAGAUCUAUAUCUGGACCUGAAGUUUUAUCUGCAGUGAAAACGGAAGUGGAACAUGUUUCCAAAAUAACAAGAGGGCUUCAUUCAACCUCAUCUGGAGUAGAAAAGGAAGUUGAACAUGGUCCACCUGCACCAACAUUUUCAGCUUUGUCAGAAGAAAUAAAGAAAGAAAUGGAACCCAGCUCUUCAACAACCACACCUGUAACUAAGUGUGAUUCAAUCUUAACCAAAUUAGUAAAAGACAUCCCGAUGGAUUCAUUUCCUGCCAAAUUACUAAAAGACAUCCCGAUAAAUUCAUCUCCUGCUACCCCUGUAGAAGAACAUCCAGGCCCAACAAAAGCAGGAGAAGGUGAAUUAGGAAGUGAUUUUCCAGUGCUCCUAAAGCCUGUAGAUGAGCAUUCCAUUCUUAUUGAAGAGGAAAAGGUAGUGAUUACAAGUGCUUCUUCUAGCAUUAAAGCUUCUUUAUCCAAAGGUUUGGCUCCAUCAGAAGUGGAAGAAGAAACCAAAAUGGAUUCACCUCCAAGUGUGUGUUCUACCUCGGACCACUCUAUUUUGUCAAAGGUAGACACUGAAGAAGUGAAGCCUGGAUUGCCAGUAGACAAAGUGUCAUCUCCUCAGCAUUCAGCUGUGUCUGAGGGAGCAAAGGGAGAAGACAAGCAAGGUCUUUCAUUUUCUGUGGCUCUUGACUCCACACACUUGGUUUCAUCACAGGAUACUGCCUCAGAAGUAUCAAGGCCUGAACCUGUGCUUUCACUCAGCCUGGAGAGUGGGAUUGAGAAAGAAGAAACUAGACUUGUUUUGUCACACACUGUAUCACCUGCACCUAAACACAUAGUUCCAGGAGGCAAAAAUGAGGACAUGACAAGUUCUUCUCCCAAGUUUGAAAACUUAGUGUCAGAAGACUUAGUCCCAACACUACUGACCCUUGGGGAUGGAAAGAACAAACAAGCAGGGGACAUUACUUCACCAGUUCAUGGGGAUUUCCUGUCAGGAAAACAAGAUCUUGCUAUGGCAGAGCUCCCUUUGGAGUCUGAGAAAAAAGACAAGCUGCACCAACUAUCAAAACUACCAGAAUUCACUGGUGGUUUAGGCAGACAGAGUGGGCCUAUAGAUACAGAACCAGUAACAUGUCUUAUAACUGAUACAGAGAGUUCUGUUUUGGAGAAGGGCCUAGUUGAGCUUAGGAGCAGAGAAAAAGAAAAAGAAGAAAACAGGGAACUUUGUGUGUCUGCUGCAGAACCAUCAAAGAUUGCUUCUUUUGACCUCUCUGCAGAACAAAAGAAACCCGAAAAAUUACUUUAUUCAGAUCAAGCUGUUAAUUUGUCUGAUGUGAGCAGCUCUUUUGAAGAUAAACCAGAUCUAAAUAUUAAACAGUUGCCAUUCAUGAAAGAGAAUUUGCCUUGGGAACAGUCACAAUCAUUUAUAACAACUGAGGCUGAGCAGCUGAAAUCCUCUAGCAGAAGUGACCCACAGAUAGGGCAGCUCCAAUCUGCUCCAUCCAAUGAGGAUCACACGUAUGAAAUCGGAAAGCAGGUUCUGUCUCAGGCUGUGAAAGAAUCUCAUUUGCCAUUACAAACACCAGCAUCCACUCCUGAUGCUUCUGGGAGUCAUACAGAAACCUUAUCAACUGAAACUUAUUCUUUUGAAGAAAUAAAGCUGGUCCAAGAACCAAAGCCUCUAGUUCCAAUUGGAAAUUUGGAAAGAAACACAGAGAAGGGGCAGAUCCAUUCUUUCAUGGAGAGUGAAAGUUUUAUACCGGAGAAAGCAAACAUAGACUUUUCCAGUCUUUCUAAAGAAAGCAUCUGGGAAGAAGUCAAACUACCUCCUGAAACACCCACCCAGAAACCAGUGUCUGGUCCGUCAGCAGGACAGAUGAAGUUGGAAAUCACCUCCUUUCCGGUCAAAGCAUCCCAUUUCCUGGUGGAAGCUGUGGAACCUGCACUGGGCAGUGAGAAAGAAGCACGCAGGAGCAUUCCUCCGUUACUUGAAGAGAAGCCACGAGAAGAAUCAAAAAUGGUUCUGACAAAGAUUAUAGAUGAGGCGACUGAAGGAAGGAAACCAGUGCUUGAAGUAAAGAUACCCAUUCAAACAAAACCCAUCCCCUCAAUCCAAGCAAACGAAGAACCUCAACCACCAGAGACACCGGAAGUCACACAGCAAUUGCAUGAGAAGCCGAAGAUGACAGAGCAAAGGCUUCCUGAGGAAAAGGGAAAGAAAGGACUUUCAUCUUUCAAAUCAUGGAUGUCCAGUUUACUUUUUGGAUCAAGCACCUCAGAUGACAAAGUUCCUGAAAAAGAAGAAUUAAGCACUCAGCCAAGUCACUCUGUAGAAAAAGCAGUGACUAUGAUAGAGCCAAAAGGUAAGAGUCCUGCUGAUUUUAAUGCAACCAAGAAACCAGGUGAUCAUUCAUUACCAGAGGUGUCUAGUGAAGAUUAUGGGAAGAAUAAAACUCCAGAUUCUUCAGAGAAAAUGAGCAUAGACUUAAUCACUUCUGCUGAUAGUGAAGAACAUUUUGGAGUUCAACCUGAUAAGAAAUUGGUUAUGGAAGAAACCAAAAAUGUUCCUUCUCAUGUUACUGAGAGUAAAAGAUACCAGAAGCCAGCAAUAGCUCCUCUAUCUAAUUGGAAUAUUUCUAUUCUUAAGGAAGAACUAAGUGGUGAUCAAAAAGAAAAAUCAUUUUCAUUUGAUGUAGUAGAUAAGAUGUCACAACAGCUAAAAUCAGAUUCAUUCACCUUCACAAGUAAAAAUAUCAUGAAAGAAUCAGAGAAGCCAGAGCCAAUAAUUUUGCCAGUAGAAGAAUCAAAAAGCAGUUUAAUUGAUUUUGGUGAAGACAGAUUAAAGAAAGAAAUUCCCAAACCUACUUCCUUGAAACAUUCUGAAGAGGAAGUAAAACUUGGUCCUGUCAGCCUAACGGAGGACAAAGAUAACUUGGAAACUCGAUCAUAUACCUUGGCAGAAAAGAAUGACCUGGCAGACAAACAAGAAGUAGUGCCUCCCUUAGAGCUUAGAGAAAAUAAAAAAGUAGUGAAAUCACAAAUGACACAUGAAUAUAGACUUGUUGAAUUAGAAGAAUCAAAAGUUGCUGCUAGGCUGGAGCACAUCUAUCCAAAUGAAGAGCAUAAGGAAAGAGCCAAAAUUAUUGUUUGUUCUGAGGAAGAGAACAGAGAAGAAAAAGAAAAGCAGUCACAGGUAUUUUUGGAAGGAAAGAAGCAGCAGGAAAAUCAGCCUGAUUCUCUGAAUGUGGCUAGGUCUAUGCCUGAAGAGCCAGUUAUCUCUUCUCUUCAUUCUUUGGGUGAAAUACAACCAUUUUUGUCAAUUAAAACACCAUCGAUUACUGAAAAACCAGAAAGUGUGCUUUCAGAGGCUCACCUAGAAAUCAAGGAAAGACAGGUGGUAGAAAGCCAACCACAUCCAUUAGAAGAAAGUAAAAGUUUUGUGAAGAAAACUAAGACUUUGUGCCCAGUGGAUCUUCCUUAUCGUGAUGAAAUAGAUAAGCAUCCUUUCCCUCAGGAAGAAAAUAUGGUAUUAGAAAAGUCAAGCAGAUAUCUGGCAGGUGACAGAGAGGAAAAGGGACAGCUCACACUGUCACAGCUGUCCACAGGUGGUUCAGUAGCCACCACAAAAGAAAGCACCAGUCGAGGAUCUCCAUCUCUAAUCCCUGGAAGUACUGUAGAUCAUCCUUCUGAUGAUACAAAGAGCUUAGAAAUGCCACUAUAUUUGCUGUCAUCUGUAAAACCACAAACUCUUGUUCCAGAGGUUUGUCCAGAAGUUAACAUAGCCAAGAAACAAGAAAUUCCAUGGACAGAAUUGACUCCAGGUCACCCUACAGGCCAAACUAUUCAGACAUCUGAAGAUCACUCAUCUGAGAUGCUUAAGCAAUCUGUUCUUAUUUCAAAGCAUCCCUUGGAGAAUGUGGAAGAUGCUCACAUAAAUGAACUGUCCUCUGCAGCAGGAAGCAACUAUGCUCAAUUUAUAAUUAGUGCCUCAAAAAGCAAAGCUGAUGAGAUGACAUCUGCUAAAGAAAUGUUCAAGGAGCCCGAAUAUGCACAUGCAAAAAAGGUAGAGUCCACAGUGACCGGCAAACCAACUGAUCUUUCACAAGAUCAGAAGAGUGCCUUCAGUAUCAUUUCUGAAGGUUGUGAGAUAUUGAAUAUUCAUGCACCUGCCUUUAUUCCUUCAGUGGAUGAGGAAGAAAGUGAACAAAUGAAAGAUACCUUGGAGUAUUUAGAAGACAAAACUUCAUUUAAAACUAUAUCCCUUCAUGAUGAUAGUGAGGCAGUUGUUUGUCAUAAAAUGUUACAGAGCAAGCUAGAAGAUUCUGAAGGAAAAGUUACGUCAUUGAAGAAUGAAGGAAAGGAAGCUCAUGUUACAAAAGAGAAGAUAGCCAUGGACUCAGACACUGGUGAUUUAGCUUUCAUUCAGCCCACAAUUCCCAGUGAAGAGGAUUACUUUGAAAAAUAUACUUUGAUUGAUUAUAACAUCUCCCCAGACCCAGAAAAACAGAAAGCUCCAUGGAAACUAACUAUGAAGGAGGAGAUCUCAAAGGAAGCUACAGAAGAAACUCUCACUUUCCCAGAAAGUUCCCAGGGAAGUGUCCUAGAACAAGAAUAUGACCUGGUAAAAUUAGAUGAAAGUUUUUAUGGACUGGAAAAGGACCACAGCAAAUUAUCUCAGCCAGAGAUGCAAAAGUCUUUGGUUACUCAAAAAUCAGCUGACAGAAAUGCUUCAAAGAGCAUAAACAGAGAUGUGGACUCCAGGUCACUUGGGAUGCCUUUAUUUGAUUUAGAGGAAGGGGUUUUAUCCAGAACCCAGAUAUUUCCGAACACUGUCAAAGCUGUUAAUCCUGAACUCCUGGAGGAGCCACCUGCACUUCCAUUUUUAUAUAAGGAUCUGUACGAAGAGGCAGUUGGGGAGAAAAAGAAGGAAGGAGAGACAGCUUCUGAAGGUGACAGUGUGAAUUCUGAGGCAUCAUUUCCAAGCAGAAAUUCUGACACUGAUGAUGGAACAGGAAUGUAUUUUGAGAAGUAUACACUCAGAGAUGACAUUCUGCAUGACACAUCUGUAACGCAGAAGGACCAAGGCCAAGGUCUAGAAGAAAAACCAGUUGGCAAGAGUGAUUCAUAUCAACUGAUAGCUGCAGAAGGGGAAAUUUGGAGGAAGUCUGGAAUUGUUCUUUGGGAAAAGAGUUUGGAAGAACAGAAGGUUGUUUACGGAGAAGGAGAAGCCAUAGGCCAUGUGGAGACCUCUAAUGACACAGCAGAACAGAAGAAAGCUCCCAUCACUGAGGAGGUCAGAGUGGUUACCCAGAACAUAAGCUAUGCGGUUCCAUUUCAAGAUAGCCGCCAUGUUCUAGAGAGUGUAGCGGAAGUGAGCAGUCAGGAUAAUGAAGCAGGAAACAUAAGCCAAGAGGUCAGUCAGAAUGUCCCAACGCAAGUGUCCUUCCCAGAGGAAGAGUUUGUGUCAGGUGCAACUAAUAUUCCAGAAACCCCACAAGAAGAACCUAAAAUACUGGUCCCACCUGAGCCAAGCGAAGAGAGGCUCCGCAACAGCCCUGUGCAGGAUGAGUAUGAAUUUGCUGAAUCCCUGAAUUAUGAAGUGGUUAGUCAGGACACUUUAUCAGAUGAGGUAUAUUCAGAAUCUGCACCUGAAGUUGUGUUGCCUCAAGGAAAGGAAUCUGUUGAACACAUCAGGAAAUGUGAACUUCUUACUGAGGUAGAACAGAAUACAUCUACUGACCAGAACAAGUUGGCCAGAGGGAAGACAGAACAAGACCAGUUGUCAUCAGAGUUAGUGACUGAGAAGGCACAAAAGGAACCGAAGAAGUCCCAGAUUGACACAUAUUGCUAUACAUGCAAAAGCCCAAUUUCCACAAUGGACAAGGUGUUUGGCACCCACAAAGACCAUGAGGUUUCAACGCUUGACACAGCUAUAUGUGCUGUUAAGGUUCAAUUAGCAGAAUUUCUUGAAAAUUUACAAGAAAAAUCCUUGAGGAUUGAGGCCUUUGUUAGUGAGAUCGAAUCUUUCUUUAAUACCAUUGAGGAAAACUGUACCAAAAAUGAGAAGAGGCUAGAAGAACAGAAUGAGGAAAUGAUGAAGAAAGUUUUGGCGCAGUAUGAUGAGAAAGCCCAGAGUUUUGAGGAAGUGAAGAAGAAGAAGAUGGAGUUCCUGCAUGACCAGAUGGUUCACUUUUUGCAGAGCAUGGACACUGCUAAGGACACCCUGGAGGCCAUAGUGAGGGAGGCCGAGGAGCUCGACGAGACUGUCUUCCUGAUGUCAUUUGAGGAAAUCAAUGACAGGUUGCUCUCUGCCAUGGCGAGCACGGCUUCGCUAGAGCACAUGCCAGCUGCCUUCUCCCUGUUUGAACAUUACGAUGACACCUCAGCUGGAAGUGACCAGAUGCUAAAGCAAGUGGCUGUUCCACAGCCUCCAAGGCUUGAGCCUCAGGAACCAAAUUCGGCCACAAGCACAACAAUUGCAGUUUACUGGAGCAUGAACAAAGAAGAUGUCAUUGAUUCUUUCCAGGUUUAUUGCAUGGAGGAGCCACAGGAUGACCAAGAAGUAAAUGAGCUGGUAGAAGAAUACAGAUUGACAGUGAAAGAAAGCUACUGCAUUUUUGAGGACUUGGAACCUGACAGAUGCUAUCAAGUGUGGGUAAUGGCCGUGAACUUCACAGGAUGCAGCCUGCCCAGUGAAAGGGCAAUUUUUAGAACAGCCCCCUCAACCCCUGUAUUUCGGGCUGAGGACUGUACCGUGUGUUGGAAUGUGGCCACCAUCCGAUGGCGACCUGUCAACCUGGAGACUACAGAGUCCUACACUCUGGAGUACUGUAGACAGCACUCUCCAGAGGGUGAAGGCCUUAGAUCUUUCUCUGGAAUUAAAGGACUCCAGCUAAAAGUUAACCUCCAACCCAACGAUAAUUACUUUUUCUAUGUGAGAGCCAUCAAUGCAUUUGGGACAAGUGAACAGAGCGACGCUGCCCUCAUCUCCACCAGAGGAACCAGAUUUCUGUUGUUGAGAGAAACAGCUCAUCCUGCUCUGCAGAUCUCCUCUGAUGGGACGGUGAUCAACUUCACUGAGAGGAGGAGGCUGACAGAAAUCCCAUCAGUUCUGGGUGAGGAGCUGCCUGCCUGUGGCCAGCAUUACUGGGAAACCACUGUCACGGAUUGCCCUGCUUAUCGACUUGGCAUCUGCUCCAGCUCAGCAGUGGGGGCCAGGGCGCUGGGACAGGGGGAGACCUCAUGGUACAUGCACUGCUCGGAGCCACAGAGAUACAUGUUCUUCUACAGUGGCAUCGUGAGUGAUGUCCAUGUGACCGAGCGUCCUGCCCGAGUGGGCAUUCUGCUGGACUAUGCCAACCAGAGGCUCCUGUUCAUAAAUGCAGAGAGUGGGCAGCUGCUCUUCAUCGUGAGACACAGGUUCAAUGAGGGUGUUCACCCGGCUUUUGCCCUGGAGAAACCUGGAAAAUGUACUUUGCACCUGGGGAUAGAGCCCCCAGAUUCUGUAAGGCACAAGUGAUCCUUGGCUUCCAGAGUUUGUAAGAGCAAGACCUGCAGGGUCUGUGGUUCUUUCUCUUGAGUGCUGUACAUUACUCAGAAGGUCUCCCACACACUCACACUCAAAACAGCUACACACACAGCAGUCAGCACGCGAGCAAAUGCCACAGAACACCUUGGCUUUGUCAAGCAGAGUGUAUGUAAGGAGGAGGGAAAGAGCAAUGUCCAUAUGUCAGAGUUCUUUCCUAGAUUGAAAGGACUUACACUUGCCCUGGGAAACAAUAGAGAAGUAGGCUUCCUCCUGUUUUGUCCUGAAAGACUCCUCUGACAGACAGGUCAGAGCGAAGGGAGAUUUUCCUAGAGAUGUGUCUCCUUCAACAAGGAGGCGUGGGCUUUUCAGAACUUGUCACUUCACUGAAGUACAGUGAAUCUCAAUCAGUAGAGAAAGUGUUCUAGUUGAUCUAAAUUUAUUAUAUUAGCUCUUUUGUAAUGAUGUAUACUGUAGAAUGUAAGUCUUAUUUCCCAGAAAUUUUAAAUGUAGAAAGUACUAGACAUUAGAAAUGCCUAUUUUGUUAAAUAAAUGGUUAGUCUUGUAAAACAAAA